CAAUCGCAAACCCACCUGAAAUUUACAAUGGAACUUGAACACUUUUGAUAUCGAGACGUCGACCGUCAACGACGCCGCGCAGCUAAAGCCAGGCCCCAAUUCUCAUGUUCACGGACUUUACAUUUGUAAGCAUUCGCCAGACCUCGAUCCCACUACGCGCCAUAUUGCGGGUUCAAAUCCUCACCAAUCUCAAGUGAAACCAUCCACGAUCACGAUCCAUCACCCCGACUAGGGGGCCACACCACGCAUAAUUCAUCUUCGAGUCUUGGGCAAUCCGCCGCGAGGCCGCAGCCUCUAAUAACCCCGAUAUCCGCCAACCCCGAUCUCUCCCGGACCUAAGCAGAACAACAUCAAGAUGGGCAUCCACAGCGUAACAAACGCGUGCAUCCACCUGCAGAACGCAGCCCGCGCCCGCCUGGGCUUAACAUCGAUCCCCAACACAAAGUACAACCUGCGCCUAGCGCUAGCAAUGCACCGGGCAGGACUUCUUGCAUCCGUGACGCGGGGCGGGCCGCGACCACCGCCGCCAGAGGCCCUGCUGGCGCACGAGUCGGAAGAGGUGACCAACGAGAACGUGGCGACGCGCCGGAUCUGGGUCGGGCUCAAGUACUGGAACAACGAGCCGGUGCUGCAGAAUGUGAAGCCCGUCUCGAAGCCGAGCCGGCUAGUCACCGCGACGCUAGACGAGCUGAAUAAAGUCGCAAGGGGCUUCCCUGUCGGGCAGCUCAAGGGGUUGACGUUGGGGGAGACACUGUUUUUGAGUACGGAUCGCGGGGUGCUGGAGGUGAGGGAGGCAUUGGAUAGGAAGGUGGGAGGGCUUGUGCUCUGCGUGGUAUCAUGAACGAGUCGAAUCGAUAGACCCCGGGGAUCAGGAUUCGUCAGUAUAGAGGGGGUCAAACCAGUGAGGGAAGGUCGCGUUGUACUAUAACAGGCAGGCAAGAAGCUGCCGGUUGUGUGCGGUUUCGGCAACUUGGCAGGUGUAUGUCAGGUGGUGGAUGCGCUGGAAGAGGAGCGCAUUGGCAGCUCAAGGCUCACCAUCCUACGACGCCGUAUAUUUUGUUGCAGGAUCGACCAGUCACCCAACAAAUGUAUCAUAUUUUAUCAA